ACUUUGUUGACAUAUGAUACAUUAAAGAAGUAAACAUUAUCAAAACUUUUUAAAUCUUAAUAUUAAUAUAAUUUUAAAAAAUACUGUUGUCGUAUUAAUGACAAUAUAAUUAAAAAAAAAAAUGCCUACUGUCAUACUAUUGGACGUAUCUCUUUCUAUGACGAGACCUGUACAAGUCGGCGAAGGAUUUGAAACUAUUACAAGAAAACAAUUAGCAGAACUCGGAAUUAAUGCUUUUCUAGAUCACCUUAGUAUCCAUUCAAAACUAGAGUUUAUAUCACUGAUGGCCUUUUCGUCACUAUACGAAGAAAGAUGUCCGUUUACUAGAGAUUACAACGCCAUUAAGGCGGAAUUGAAAAAUAUAGAAGAUUACGAUAAGACUUGCAUAGAAACUGCCCUGCACGGUGUAAAUCAGAUGGUUUUAGGGGAAUGGGGUAACAACACCGCCUGUCAGAUAUUAUUGGUGACCGAUGGUCAUACCGGUAUAGGACCGAACUCGUUAAAAGAAUCGAUCGCUUCUUUGAAUCAAAGAAAUAAUCAGUUACCCUACCCCGUACCUUUUACUUUCCCCGGUAAACUUCAUAUAGUUUGUCUUGCGUCUCCGAACGAUUUAAAUUUCAUAAAAUCUAAAGCUCUAUUUCAAAGAUUAAUCGAUUUAACUGGAUACGACGGUUCCAUAUUACUACCGGAAAACCUCAACGAAUCCAAUGUCACCAGCCUAUUCCAAAAACUCGCCGAGGAUAUGUACACAAAUUUCAAAGGUACCCUAAAAUGCGGAAAUUUGGAAUCUAAAGUCGUUUUAUCCCCCGCGCCAGUGGCGUAUACUAAACUUACAGAUUUCGAAUGUCAAACUUACAAUAUGUCGGAUCUUAUAGAAGUUUGCGGUUUUAUAUCGGUAGCGGAUGUGGGAUCGCCGAUGGCGAUAAGUCGCCAUUUAAUCCUGCCCGAUAAUUCGUUAACUAAACCGGAAAUAAGCUCUAAAAACGAUACGGAUAUUAACGAAGAAGAAACCACCGACGAAUCCCGAGUACCUUCGUUUUGCGUACUGCUCCACGGGGCUUUAAGAGUAGAAAAUAUGGCCGCCCUCGUUAGUAUAGGUGACGCGUCGAUAAAAACGAUUUCCGGUCACGUGCCAACGUCAAAUUACGUUUCAGGUGAUAAUUGGUUCGGUUUCGUGUAUUCUUGGGCCGAUUCGAAGAAGAAAUCGAAUCUAAUGUUGACGAUUUUGACUCCGGGCUCCGACGUGAUCCCUUGGUUGGGCGAUUUGAAUUAUUUGGGUUCCGCCGAAUCGUUUACGCCGGAUCAGAUCGGAAGUUUUCCCGUUAAACCCGUAGAGAAAAGGAGUUAUUCUCAAAAUGGCGUCGUAUGGAUACGUCAGGCCGGAUUGCAAUCGGAUAUACAAAAAAUAUUGAGGCACGCGCGGAAAUUACCGGAAAAAACUCAACAAUUCUACAAGGAGUUGAAUAGGUUGAGGAAAGCGGCUAUUUCUUUGGGAUUUUUGGAUUUAUUGAAUGGUCUCGCUUAUAUUUUCGAUCAGGAGUGUAUACAAUUGCCGUCUAGUGCGCAUCCCGAUUGCGCAUUGCAGUUACAACACGCUGCCGAUGUUUUAAGGAAAACGCAAAAUCGCGAUAUCAAAUAUCUUGUUAUGCCUUUACAAACUAAUUACAGUAGCGCUUGAAUCUUUUUUUUUUGGAAAUUAAAAACAAUUUUUAUCGAAGAA